GUUGCAUGACGAUGCCAUAUGGCGUUUGCUGGCUCUGCAUAUGUCAAAUGUUUGGACCCAGACAUAUAUUUUUUCUUUCUGGUAAUGUCCUCGUCCUCAUUUGAGCUUUAAAAAAAAACUUAUCGUGCCGUUGUAAAAAUUGUUUACCUUUUCGUCCGAAAAGAAAGUAUGCUGAAGGUCAAAUUAAUGGUUUGGGACGUGGAGUGGAAAGCUCAUUUUUAAUCAAAAUUCUUCUUCACCUCUCCAUCCCCUCCCUUCCCAUUGAUUUUGAUAAUGGGGGCAGCUAGAUUCGAAGGGGGUCGGUCACAUGCUUAAGAUCAAAAGUGUAGGUGCCUAUAUAAUUCAGAUUUUUAACAAUACUCAGCAUAGCGACUGUGUGGGUCUUGUUGACAUAAUGUUCUCUCAGCUGAUCGUCAUUACCGCGGCUCUUGUUGGCCUUGGUGCCUGUGCCAGUGUGGGUGUUUUGAACCUGUGCAACCAGUACGGAUGGCCCACCGGCACCUACCCCCACCCCUACGACUGCAAGAAGUUCAUCAACUGUAACAAUGGCGUGACUAUGGAGCUGGACUGCCCUGCCACCACAGUGUUCAACCCCAACACCAAAGUCUGCGACAAUACCAUCAACGUUCCCAUCUGCACCUACAACGCCGCCACAAACCCCAUCAACGUGAACAACAUCUGCACCCAGUUCGGCUGGGGUAACGGCAAUUUCUACCACCCCUACGACUGUGGUCAGUACGUCCGCUGCAAUGCCGGCGUGACCCAGAUUAGCGCAUGCGCAGCGGGCACCUACUACAACGCUGCCACCGGAACCUGCAGCAUCCUCCCCACCAACAGUCCCUUCUGUACCCAGUACGUCUUCAAGCCCCCAACCAAUGUGCUCUACCCCAACGGCUUCGACAACUACUGCGCUGUGAACAACCUCGCCAACGGCCUCCACGCUGAUCCCUACAGCUGCUUCUCCUACAUCGACUGCACGUUUGGCGGAACUACCCACCGCCCUUGCGCCGCUGGCCUCUCCUUCAACAGGGCCACCCUGGUCUGUGACGUCAACAGAUACGUCAACUGCAACGGCAACCUGAUUGUGGGCAAAUAAAGAACAAAAUACAGCAAGAAAAUGUGUGUCCAAGUUGUGUCCAAGAUGGCCACCCUUUUUUUCGAGGAGAAAAGUGGUGGUUGUCUUAUAGACGGGCUGACGUUUUAGGUGUA